UUUUUUUUUUUUUGUGUGUGUUAUUAUAAUGGUUGAAAAUGAAUUAUCUAAUCUUCAUAUGCAAUUAGUGCCCAGAAGGGAACGGUUAGAUGGACGACCAUCAGUUAGUUCAUUUUUUAAUAAGGAUGGAUUGCUAUUAAAGACAUAUGGAUGGUUAGUAAAAAAUGCAAUAGGCCUUAUAGUAUUAGUUCAUGGAUUAAAUUCACACGCAAGGUUUUCAUUUUUGAGACAUAACGUACAUGUGUUGAAUAACGAUAGAGCUAUAUUAAUGGAUGGAAAUAAUUAUUAUAUUUAUAAAGAUAGUUGGAUAGAACAUUUUAAUAAAAAUGGGUAUUCAGUAUACGGAAUAGAUUUGCAAGGUCAUGGAGAAUCAGAAGGGUGGCAAAAUUUAAGUCUUAAUGUAAAAGAGUUUGAUGAUUUAGUAUAUGACGUGUUAGCAUAUAUUAAUAGAAUUCAAGAUGAAAAUAUGUUAUAUUUAAAUGAUAAUAAAGGUAAUAAUAAUUCUAAUAAUAACCGUAGUGAUGGUGUGCCAUCUCGUAAUUACAAUAUAACUAAUAGAAAAUCACCGCUUCCAGUAUAUAUGAUAGGUCAAUCCAUGGGAGGUAAUAUUGUUUUAAGAGUAUUGGAAUUAAUAGGAAAAUUUAACGGUCUUAAUAAAAAACUAAAUAUAAAAGGCUGUGUAUCAUUGUCUGGCAUGAUUGCAAUAGAAGCAUUAGGUUUACCAAGUUCAGAUUUAUAUAACGCUUUUUUUAUGCCCUUGUCAAAACUACUUUCUGAUAUUGUACCAAAAUUAAGAUUUUUAUUGGAACUUCCAUAUAAAAAGUAUAAUUAUAUACGUGAUAUUGGUAGAUAUGAUAGAAUGCGUUAUAGACGAGGUAUAACAUGCAGAUUUACAUAUGAACUUUUAAGAGCAAUGGUUAAUUUAGAAGCUGAUAUGAAUCACAUGCCAAAAGAUAUUCCUAUAUUGUUUAUUCAUUCAUUAAAGGACAAAUUGUGUUAUUAUGGUGGUGUUGUUUCAUUCUAUAAUAGACUAAAUAUUAAUAAUAAAGAAUUACAUGUAUUAAAUUAUAUGGAGCAUAUGUUAACUAUGGAACCAGGAAAUGAAAGAGUUUUAAAUAAAAUUAUGAAUUGGCUUUACAACAUAUCUAGAAUGCGAAGAACCCAUACUUAA